AACAGGUUGAGCCCGCCCGGGCAGAGGCGCAGAAGGUGUGAGAGGCGAGCGCGAGCGGGGCAGGUGGGGGCGGCUGAGGAGGAACCAAGAGGGAUCCUUUCAAGGCCCCAGACCCGCAGAGGAUGGACCACCACGUGAACGGCACCCUAGCCGAGAAGCCGGGCCCCAUGGACUACGGGGUCCAGAUCCGCUUCAUCAACGACUUGAAGGAGCCCAGCAAGUCGCAGAAGAUCCGCCCCAAGCCCUCCAAGCCGGGCUCCUAUGGGGUGGCGGUGCGGGUGCAGGGCAUCGACGGGCAGCCCUUCGUGGUCCUCAACAGCGGCGAGAAAGGGGGAGACUCCUUCGGGGUGCAGAUCAAAGGCGAGAGCAAGUACGGGGCCCCCGCCCGCAGCCCCCAGCGGGAGGACUCCUUCCCCGCUUCCCCUGGGGCAGGUUCUUCCUCCAAAGAUGCUUCGGGAUCCUUCAGCUCCGACUCCGACCUGCCGGAGAACCCGUACGGGGCCAGGCAGUCCCGGCACAGCUCCCGCUACAGCACCUCGGACGAGGAGCCCGGCCCGAGGCGCACCCCGAAAGCAGGCAGCUUGGAGGGGGGGCCCGCCCCGCAGCACCGCGGUGGCGGCUACCGGACACUGCCGCACAAAAAAUCCUUCGGGGAGCAGCUGCGGCGGACUCAGUCGCACGGCUCCUUGCUCGACCCGGAGCCGGGUGAGCCUCCCGAGCCCAGCGCCCCUGGGGCCGGCCCCCCGGACACCUCCCGGCCCCCGCCUCCGCGGGGUGCCGCGAGGAGCACCAGCAUGAUGAACCUGGCUGGUCGCCGGCAGCCCAGCCCCAGGGAGGAUUCUGGAGGCAGCCUCUCAGGCUUGAGACCCGUCCGCAAGCCGGCGGUGGCGAACUCUCCUGAGCCCGCCGCUCCGCCCGGCGCCGGCGACAUCGACACCAAGCCUCUGUCCUCGGUGGACUCUCUGAUCCACAAGUUUGACUCGAAGGCGCAGCAGCGGGGGCGGCCGUCCCGGAGGAGCCGGGUCUCUCUGGACGAGCGGAAGCGCUCUCAGAGCCUCGACGGGAGGGUGCCUUACUAUGACACGGCCGACGGCCGGGAGCUGAGUGCCAGGGAGCGCCAGGCGGGCUCCGGAGGAGGGGCAGGGGGCUCGGCGACUGACCCCGAGCCCCCGGGAAGCAGGAGCCUCAGCAGGGCCUCUGGGCGGGCGGGGAAGGAGAACGGGCUGGACAAAUCGCAGCUGACCCGGGAAUGGGUCAACAAGAGCCUGGAGGAGCCAGCCUUGGAGAAGCAGGCGAGGAAAUCGCAGCCAGACCUGCAGCUGAAGUCCACCCCAGACCUCCUGAAGGACCAACAAGAGGUAUCUCAGCCCGGAAGCAGUGACCACACCAAGGAGCUCAUCUACAGUAUUCUGAAGGAUGGAAACACAGAAAGCGACGCUGCGGUGAAGAGAAAGACCAACCUCGUCUUCGAGAAGGUCCAAGCGCUAUCCGCUGCCCCUACGGCGCAGUCGACAGCCUCCCUCCCCCCGGCCGGCGGACUGACUCAGAAGUUGGAGGAGCUGCAGCGGAAGUUGGACGAGGAGACGAAGCUUCGUCAGAGGUUGGAGCUGUUGCAAAACGGCCACAGGAACGGCGCCCCCCACGACCUGGAGGUCCAGCUGGAGGAGUCUGAAGAGGAGUGCCACCGGCUGCGGGUGGCCUUUGAGAAGAAGAGCCAGGAACUCCAGGGCAGUGUCCAAGAGCUGAAGGACGUGAAAACAAUCAAGGAAGAGACAGAAGCCAAGCUGGCCGACUUGGAAGACCAGCUGAUGGAGAUGCAGGAGGAGUUGGACCGGAUCCGGGAGCCGAUGGGAGAUUCUCCGGACAGGGAUGCUUUGCUGAAAGAGCUGCUGGAGACCAGAGAGGAGCUGGAGGAGGUUCUGAGGGCCCGGCAGAAGCUGGAGGAUCACCUGCGCCAGAGGGAGAGGGAGCUGACGGCCCUGAAGGGGGCCCUGAAGGAGGAGGUGGCCAGCCACGACCGGGAGCUGGACCGGGUGCGGCAGGAGUACCAGCAUGACAUGGAGCAGCUCCGGCGCAACAUGGAGGACGUGUCGCAGGAUCAGGCCAGCCUGGAGUCGGAGAGGCAGAAGAUCAACGCCGUGGUGAGGAAUCUGCAGAGGGAGCUUCAGGAGAGCGGCGAGGAGGCCUCCCACUGGAAGGAGAUGUUCCAGAAGAACAAAGACGAACUGCGAAGCACCAAGCAGGAGCUGAUGCAGGUGAAGGUGGAACGCGAGGACUUUGAGGAGGAGCUGAAGGAGCUGAGGGAGCGUUUCGCGGUCGUGCGGCAGGAAGCGGAUCAGGCCCGGAACGGCGCUGGCGAUUCCGGAGAGGCCAGCGCCCUCAGGAAGGAGCUGCGUGAGGUCCGGGAUCAGCUGAGAGACUUGACGCUGUCCAAGCAGGCCCAGGACGACCUCCUCCGCCAGCGGGAGAGGGAGCUGCUGGCCUUGAAAGAGGCUCUGGAGGACGAAGUGGGCGGCCACGACCAGGAAGUGGCUGAGCUGAAGCAGCAGUUCCAGCACAACGUCCAGCAGCUCCAGAAGGAUUAUGAAGAGGCCUUCAAGGUAAAGUCCUCAUUGGAAGGUGAGAAGGAGGCAACGGAGCAGAUGAAGAAGGCCGUGGAGUCCACCCUGAGGGAGACGCAGGAGGAGAACGACGACCUGCGGCGGAAGAUCCUUGGCCUGGAGACGCAGCUCAAGGAGUACAGGCACUUUGCAGACAACUGGCAGGGGACAGAGGCCAGGCUGAAGGAGAAGAUUGCCAAACUGGAGUCCGACCGCAAGCAGAUGGAGGAGUCUCUGGGGGACGCCACGGACCAGGAACAGGAGCUGCUUCUGGUGAAGCGGUCUCUGGAGAGCCGCCUGGAAGACGCCCAGAGGAGCCUCAACCGGCUCUCCCGGGAACACCAGGACCUGAGCGCCUCUUUCCACGAGGAGCUGGCGCAGAAGGAGCAGCUCAAGCGGGCCAAGAGCGAGCUGGAGGAGGAGAAGCGCUUGCUGGACAAGAGCAUCGGGAAGCUGACGAAGGAGCUGGAUCAUAUGGCUCAAGAAUCCCACAGCGCCCUGUCCAAGCUGCAGACUCAGCUGGAGGAAUACAAGGAGAAGUCCCGCAAGGAGAUCACGGACUCCCAGAAGCAGGCCAAAGAGAGGAACACCGAGGUGGAGAAGAUGCAGUACAACCUGGGGCGGUUGCAGGACGAGGUGAUGCGUCUCAAGCAGGCCCUACAGGACGCCCAGGCCGAGCGUGAGAACGCCGUCCUGGACAAGGAACUGCUGGCCCAGCGCCUCCACAACUUGGAGCAGGAGAUGGAGUCCAAGCGGAGGUCGCAAGACGAUCGAUCCCGGCAAGUCAAGGCCCUGGAGGACAAAUCGAAACGUCUCGAAGUGGAGCUGGACGAGGAGAGGAACACGGUGGAACUCUUGACGGAGAGGAUCAACCGCACGAGAGACCAGAUUGACCAGCUUCGCGCCGAACUCCUUCAAGAGCGCUCCGUGCGGCAGGACCUGGAGUGCGAUAAGAUCUCGCUGGAAAGGCAGAACAAAGACUUGAAGAGCCGCCUCGCGAGCAGCGAAGUCCUCCAGAAGCCCAGCGCCAACGUCUCCCAGCUGGAAUCGCGCAUUCAAGAGCUUCAGGACAAACUCCAGGCUGAAGAGAGGGAGAAGAGCGUCUUGGUGUCCUCGAACCGCAAGCUGGAGCGGAAAGUCAAGGAGCUGACCAUCCAGAUUGAUGACGAGAGGCAGCAUGUCAACGACCAGAAGGACCAGCUAAGCCUGCGGGUGAAGGCGUUGAAGAGGCAAGUGGACGAGGCAGAAGAGGAGAUCGAGCGGCUGGAAGCUGCACGCAAGAAGGCCCUGCGGGAGCUGGAGGAGCAACAUGAGACCAAUGAGCAGCUCCAGAGCCGCGUCAAGUCCCUGGAGAAGGACCUCUGGCGCAAGGCAGCCCGGUCCACAGCCGAGUCGUCCCUGAAGGACGACCACCUGAGCUCCGAUGAGGAGUUUGACAGUGCCUACGGCCCGUCCUCCAUCGCCUCGCUUCUGACGGAAGGGAACCUCCAGACAAGCUCCUGCUAGCAUCUUCCGGCCGACCCGUUUGCGGAUCCCGUCGGAACGCCUGGAAACCCGUCCGAAGUGCCGUCCUCGCGUUUGCCGGUCUCUGGCGAAGCAACCGGAAGACUCCCCUCUCUCUCCUCCCUGAAAUGUUGCGUGCCUGAAGAUGGAAACAGACCUCUUCAUCGAAGUGAAG